UUUCGGAGCCGCCGCCGCCGCCGCCGCCUUCCUUGCGGCCGCCUCAUGGCUUUCAACUUCGGAACAGCCGCCGGCGCUGCGACCACCGCAAACCCUGCGGGAGCCUUUGGCGGCUUUGGGACGACCACCACCACAGCCGGGCCGACGUUUAGCUUCUCCACCCCUGCCAACACAAGCGCCCAAGGGCUCUUCGGUGCUACUCAGAACAAAGGUUUUGGAUUCGGCGCCGGCUUUGGGACCGCAGCAGGCACCGGGACUGGCCUUGGGACCGGUUUGGGAACCGGGUUGGGCUUUGGGGGCUUCAGCACCCAGCAGCAGCCAACCCUCAGCAGCCUCUUCAGCCAGCCUGCUCAAGCCCCCUCCCAGUCCAGCCAGCUGAUCAACACCGCCAGCGCCUUGUCUGCCCCCACCCUCUUAGGAGAUGAACGGGAUGCCAUUCUGGCCAAGUGGAACCAGCUGCAGGCGUUUUGGGGCACGGGCAAAGGCUACUUCAACAGCAACAGCGCCCCGGUGGAGUUCACGCAGGAAAACCCGUUCUGCAGAUUUAAGGCCGUGGGCUACUGCUGCAUGCCCAGCAACAAGGACGAGGACGGCCUGGUCGCCCUGGUCUUCAACAAAAAGGAGGCAGAGAUCCGGAGCCAGCAGCAGCAGCUCGUGGAGUCGUUGCACAAGAUCCUGGGCUCCAACCAGACACUGAGUGUCAACGUCGAAGGUGUAAAGACAAUGCCCGACGACCAGACCGAGGUGGUCAUCUAUGUGGUUGAGCGGUCACCAAACGGGACCUCGAGGCGAGUCCCGGCCACCACCCUGUACGCUCACUUCGAACAAACAAACAUCAAGACCCAGUUUCAGCAGCUUGGCGUGACCCUCACCCUGGCCAGGACCGAACUCUCCCCGGCCCAGGUCAAGCAAGUGCUGCAGAAUCCUCCUGCAGGUGUCGAUCCUAUCAUCUGGGAACAGGCCAAAGUGGAUAAUCCAGAUCCUGAGAAGCUGAUUCCUGUGCCGAUGGUCGGCUUCAAAGAGCUCCUGAGAAGGCUGAAGGUCCAAGACCAGAUGACGAAACAGCAUCAGACCAGAUUAGACAUAAUAUCGGAAGACAUCAGUGAGUUGCAGAAAAACCAGACGACGACGAUGGCCAAAAUAGCCCAGUACAAGAGGAAGCUGAUGGACCUUUCGCACAGAACGCUGCAGGUCUUAAUCAAGCAAGAGAUCCAGAGGAAAAGCGGCUACGCCAUCCAGGCCGAGGAGGAGCAGCUCCGCGUGCAGCUGGACACCAUCCAGUGCGAACUCAACGCCCCCACGCAGUUCAAGGGUCGACUGAACGAGCUGAUGUCCCAGAUCAGGAUGCAGUCACCCUUUGGGAAAGAAGCCCUUCCUCAAGAGUUUCGCUAACCUCCCCGUAUUCUUUUCCAGCAUCUGAAGCAACAACAAGAAGGUCUGAGUCACCUGAUCAGCAUCAUCAAAGAUGACCUGGAAGAUAUAAAGCUGAUAGAACACGGGUUGAACGAGAGCAUUCCUAUCAGAGGCGGGGUCUUCAGUUGAUGGGACCGUUCCCCGUCUCUGGAGGCCUACGAAACACAUUGCUUUGUUCCCCAUGCCUAAAGCUUGGGAGGGGUGUUGUGUCAAUAAACCUAAGGGGAAAUCCUGAGAGAGAUCCAGUACUAGUGGCGUUCCCCCCCCCCCAAGUUUUUUUCAGCUUCAAAUCAGAUUUUAGGUUUACAAAACUGAUUUUAAGGGGCGGGGGAGGAAUUUGGAAGUUGUGAUCUAAAGUUUGCAUUUCUGCAGCACCAGUUGUGUAAAAAAACAAAAACAAAAAAACUUUCAGACUUGGAAGUCUUGAUUAGGAAGCCGUACAUCCCCCCCCACACACACACACACUACAUACACCACACAGAAGAACUGCUGCAUAAAAGAACUGCUGCAUAAUGUGCAUAACAAAGCCCUUCCCUUCGGUCUAGACAAACUGAAUAAAAUAGAGCUCCUGGGCUGGCUUGUGUGCCGUGAUCCCUAUGGCCAUUUCUGGGUCUGAAGCUCUGGUGCGUGAGGUGAAGUUUGAGGAUUUUUUUGUUGAUCAGAACCUGAAGGCUAUAUUUUUAUAUCACUUUACUUAAUCAUAAUUUGCAAAGCUCCUAGGAUGUAAUAAAGCCAGAC